AUGCCUGGCACACGAUCAUCUGCCCGUUUGGCUGAGAAGCAGUCCAGCCCUCCUGCUGCCUCCCAAGAAACCAAAGACAACAAGCGCAAAGCCGACGACUCCCAAUCUUCUCCCUCUAAGAAGGGUCGUAAAGACACUGCUGAGCAGAAGACCAUUGAAGAGACCCUCAAGCCUGCUGAGAACAGCAACGGUGACUCUGAGACAAAGCCAUCUGGCCAGGCUGGUCAGACCGAGCAGCCUGAGCAGAAGCCCGCCGACGGUUCAGCUGAGCAAUCAUCUGAGCAGACCCAAGCUGAACAGAAGGAUGACGGCUCCAUCAAGCAGGUUGGCGAGUCCUACCAGGGCCAGAACAAGGAGGGUGAAUCAAAGGAUGAUCCCGAAAAGGCUCUCAAGGAUUCUCGCGGUGGCCAAGGUUUGAACACCAUUGAGCCCGAGAACCCCAAGCCUAAGCCCGAGGACCUCCCUAUCGAGAAGCCCACAGCAGACGAGGACAAGGGCGGUGCUGUAGAAGAGAGCAAGGAUCGCGCUGAGCAGAUGCCCAGCAACAUCCAAGAAAAGGGUAUCAUCUACUUCUUCACUCGAGGUCGUGUCGGCAUUGACGACCCUCAGAGCGUUCAGGACCUGCAGCGUAGCUACUUCGUCCUGCGUCCCCUGCCCAACGGCGCAAAGUUGGGCGAUGGCGCCAUCGAAGACGUCAAGAACAAUCGUCUCUUCGCUCUUCCCAAGAAGGUCUUCCCCAGAGGACCCAACGAUAAGUUCAUGGUCUUUGUCGAGAGGGCAAAGGCUUCCAUGGACGAACUUAAGAAGGACUUNUUCCAAAGCUCAGAAUAUGAAACUCAAACUGCAGGUAACAGAACCACACACCCCAUCACUNNCCCCCUCGGCGAAGGCGUGUAUGCCAUUACCACGACAGGUGUGCGUUCUGAAUCUCACCUAGCCUACAUGCUCACCAUCCCUCAAGAGCCCGGUCAGAUGCAAGAGGACGUUGGCAUCCGCUCCAAGGGCAGCUUCGUGUUGAGUCUCAAGAACCCUACCGUCAAGGGUCCUUCAUACGCAACCCUCGACCAGCCCGCAGAGUUCCCUCAAGAUGUCAUCGACGGCUUCCACGGUCGCAGUUGGAUGCCUGCUCAGCCCAAGCACCUCGACUACGCCAAUGCCCAACUCCUAAUGAUUGGCGAAUCUCUUGAUGACAGUCACGCACUUGAAGCCACAGCCAACGACCAAAAGUCAGACAACAAGGAGACGCCACAAGAGGAGAUUGAGAAGCUCGAGCAUGAAGACGAGCUACGUGUCGAGCAUCUCAAGGGAGACGACACGGUGUUUGCGGAUCUGGGACUCUCUCACAAGGAGUACCCUAGUGUUCCCACCACCUGGUAA